UUGAGAAUACUUGGCAACCCGAGAGUCUCUUUGAACACGCGCGCGGGAAUGAUUAAAGCUGCAGUGAACAGAGAAUCUCAAAGAGAUUAAUCUAAAAAUAACUAAAAUAUGACGUUCUAAACAUUAUCAAUUAUUACCUUAGUCUAUUGUGAGAUUGUUAGCGAAUUAUCUGUUCCUCAUAUAACCCGCGUCUGGUUAUUUGAGAGUGUGAGAGAUUUGUAAACAAUGAAAUCCAGCAAGAGCACCAAAGCGAAACCUGCUGAAGAGGAGGAGUGUGGCAUAUGGCUCGACACAAAAGAGUUAAAAGAAAAGAAACAGCAGAAACAGCUGACCCGUCCGAUAUCCAGACUGCUGAAUCCUCUCGCGAGAUCUGGGUUCAGUGUGGCGGUGAACGUGAGCUUCACUCAGACCAAACUCAACAUGCCUGUCACGAGACAGAGCACCAUCUCAUCCUUCUUUUCCCCCAAAUCCAGAGAUCAGAACCGGAGCGCGGCUCACGCCGGAUCCAAACGGAAACACAGCAGGACUUCAGAGCCGUCUCCAGACUCGACCUGUCAAUCAUCUGAGGUGGAGCCGCAGGACUGGGACACAGACUGUGCAGGAUCGUCAGCAGAGCAGCGCUUCUUCCGUUUCAUAUGCGGAGAAUCCGAGGAAGAAGAACCGCCUGAAAAAAGGAGACAUGUUUCCCAUUACACAGACCAAAAUGUGUUCGAGACACAAGAAUACUGGAAUAAAGAAGCUGUGCAUGAGAAUCCAAAUCAAACAGUUCCUGAAACACAGGCUUUCUUUCACAGGGCGUCCCAGAAGACCUCCGAAGACACGGAUCAGAAAUCCACAGGCUCUGUCUUAACCUCCAGACCUGUCAAUCAAAACCACAGAAGAUCGAAUGCAGUUUCUGAGCGCAAAACGAAGGCGUCUCCCGUGAAACGGAUGGGAAAAGAGAACAGCUGGCCCGCAUCGUCUCCUUUUAAACACAGACUCAUUUCCAGUCCAGCUAAGAGCUGCAGGUUGAAGGAGAAAUACACACUUUCCCCCAAAAAGCUUGCGAGCGCAGAGACGGCUGGAGAAACUCUGGCUGCCUUGUUCACGCAGGACUCGGAGGGAUUCUGUGUGAUCGCUCACCGUGACCAGCAGCCGCUGAAAGACGAGGAUUACAGCAAUACUGUCGUGAAGGAGGAGGAGGAGGAGGAGGAGAUGCUUUUCACACAGGACUCAGAGGGAAACAUGGUCAUCAAGCAUUAAAAAACACAGGAUUUUAAUUUUUUAUUAUUAUUUUGAAGCUUUUUAAUUGAUGAAAACAUGAAAAUUUAAGUUACAAUAAAAGCAAAAAUCAUGCAAUGAUUCCUGUUGGCCAGCAGAUGGCAGAAUGCACCAUGCACGAAGCAUUUAUUUGAUGAAUUACAUUAAUAAACAUAUUUAAGUGAA